AUGAGUGAUCAGGCUCAAAAGUCUCGUGAACCUGAACUAAACACGCUACAGAUGCUUCUGCAAGCUAUGCCCACACAGCAAGUUCAACCAACCCUACAAGAAAGAGGUACAGCAGAGGCCAACUUACAUGGACUAAUUGGAAGUGACAGUAGGCAGUAGGGUAAUCAGAUGUCAAGUUCUGUUCAUCCUGGAGACUUAAACUACCAAAAGUUUGGGUUUUCUUGAAGUUUCCACCAACUAUGGUCUUGUUGAGUUUAUUGACUUUUAAAUGAAGGGUUGAAAGUGAAGCAGGUGUACACUUAUGUAAUUACUUGAUGUUGAAAUGCUAAUUAACCCUUUAAGCCCUAGGAGUGAUCAGCAUCAAUGUCUCCUUAUCAUAGCAAUGCUUUGUAAAACAGAGUGGUCAUGACAAUUAAGGACAUGAUCACACAAGACGGGCUUGCUUGAUAUUUUAUCAACUUCUCCACAUUCUAUAGGAAAUAAAUAGGGGCAAUAAAUGAGGAUUUAGAUUUUGAUCUUAGGGCUUAAAGAGAUAAUUGUAUACAAAAUUGAUAUGAAUCUGCUGAAUUAUGGUGUGGACAUGUAUGUAGUCUUCAAUUUCACUCAAAAAUAUGGGCUAAAAAUUUCCUAAUUUGGGCAGUGCUCAAUUGUUAUAGUAAGUCUAUUACAUAUUCCUGUUCAUUUUUAGCCCUUGAAUUGUACCACUAGAGUGAUGCAGCUAAUGUUGUACCCGUCAAAUACAGGGACUCUUGGCAUUCAUGGAAAAUCCUCAGGCACCAGAAAGCCUUUUUGCUUGUGACUCUUACUAGCAUUUGCAACAGGGAAAAACAACAUUUUUAAAAGUGUCUUUACCCAGGAUCUUGCUUGUUCAGAAACAGAAGUAUCUAAUCACUAUAGUUUGUCUUUGUGCUCUGGUUGACCUUCCCAUGACAGUGCUGGUAAAAAUUAGUUGGAUGGAUUAGAGAGAAAAUUUUGCCAAAAAGCAGAGGCGCAAGUCCUCGAUAAAUGUUUUCUACUUGAUGUUUGCUUUGUACCUGCAAAGACAGACUGUUUCUUUUGAUGUUCACUUAAAAUACCAUAACAGUUGUGUUAACAAAUUUAUUCUUAAUAUUGUAGAAGUUGUAUUACCUACAGACUUGACACCUGCUACCUGCUACUUAAAGUACAUUGUACAAUGCAAGUCCAAGCUACUGACUUAA